ACGCUCUCAUCUCUGUGUUGAUUAAAUUGCGUUAAUUUAACUAUUUUAUUGUAAUUUGUCAACAUACUCUUUGUUCAUUGAUAAAAAAAGUAAAUAUCAUAAGAUUUAUUCAAAUGAUUUAGUGUGUGAACGAGGUCAAAAUGAGUAAUAUUUACAUUCAAGAACCACCUGCGCUAGGAAAGGUGCUAUUAAAGACAUCAGCGGGUGACAUAGACAUAGAGUUAUGGACAAAGGAGGCCCCCAAAGCGAGCCGCAAUUUCAUACAACUAUGUAUGGAAGGGUACUAUAAUGGCACAAUAUUCCACCGAGUGGUUCCGGGCUUCAUAGCACAGGGUGGUGAUCCAAAUGGAGACGGUAUGGGCGGAGAAUCCAUCUACGGAGCACCUUUCAAAGAUGAGUUCCACACCAGACUCCGGUUCAACCGGCGAGGUCUUGUGGCCAUGGCCAAUGCGGGGAAGGAUGACAACGGAUCCCAAUUCUUCAUCACGCUUGGAGCUACUCCAGAACUGCAAAACAAGCAUACUAUAUUUGGAAAAGUCACCGGUGAAACUAUAUACAACGUAUUAAAACUGACCGAAGGUCUAAUAGGCCCCGACGACCGUCCUGACCACCCACAUAAGAUCACCGGGGGCACGGUGAUCAUUAACCCGUUCGACGACAUCCAACCGCGGGUCGCGGCCCCUAAACGCGUUGAGGUCACUAAGAAAAAGAAGGAGCGCGCGGUGGCUGUUAAAAACUUCGGUUUGCUUUCCUUCGGCGAAGAAGCAGAGGAGGACGAGGGUGAAGCGAUGGAGUACAGAGGGAAGCCCAAAUCUACCCACGAUCUGCUAGAAGACCCUAAACUUAGCAAAAUGACCGCCGCAGAAUUAGAAGAACAAAACCAAAAAGAUAAACCGCCGACACAAGAGGAAAUAAAUGAGAAAAAAGAGGAAACAGCAGCGACCGUGUCCAGUAUAAGAGACAAGCUUAAGAAGAGAAGUCCAGAGCGGGAGCGAAGUGGCAGUCCAGAGGGAAAGAGACGGAAGAGUGAGAGCGAGGAGGAGGAGUAUUAUAUUGGGAUGGAAAGGGAUAAGGAGAGAAGGAAAGAGAGAGACAGAAUAAGAAACGAAAUAAAACAGUUGAAAAAAGAAAUGAACGCGCCCAAAGAAGAUAAAAAGGAGGAAAAAGAAGAACAGAAAGAAGAUAAAAAGACAAUUAAAGAAGACAACGAGAUGUACAAGGAUUAUGUCGAGGAACAGGAGAAAUAUAAGAAGAUGAAGGAGAAAUUACCUAAAAAAGGAGCUGCCAGAAGCAGACGUACGAAAGUAUCAAGAAAACCGUUCAAAAAGAAACCUUGGGUCAAGAAUUUAUACGAAAACCGGGAUUACCCUGACAACUACACAGAUUCCAAAUUUCUCGAAGAACUAAGGAAGAAUUUAUUUGUAGAAAAAGUGACUUUAAAACAAGGUGUACAAGGCUCAUUUCGAGUUGUACUAAGACUCUCUAUAUGCGUAUUAUAUGCUGUUCUAUUUACUUAUAUGUAUAACGAUUGGACGCACACAUAUACAGUUAUAUAUGUAGCUAUAACUUUUACUAUAUGUAGUUAUAUCCUAUAUUUAAUAGUCGAAGGUAGCGAAUUACUUAGCAAUUUAAAAACUGUCCUAGUAUAUUUAGUAAUAGGAUACCUAGUAUCACCUAUAUUACAUACUUUGACGGAUACUGUUAGUACUGAUACUAUAUACGCUUGGGCUGUCAUUAUGAUGUUGGUACAUAUGAUUUUCUUUGACUACGAAGUACCGAUAGCAUUAGUGUCAAAAUCACUGUCAAUAAACGCCGCCAUCUUUGGCUCCGUGUGUUUGGCUUCAAGAUUGUCAACUCCUUUUGACGCGUUCGUGCUUUUGACAGUUUCUGUCAUUUUUUUUGUAUUGAGCCCGCAACUUUUUAAAGUUUUACUAAAAACCAAGUUAUUCUUGCCUUUAUGUAUUUUUACAGUGAUUUUGACGGUUAUUAGUUUAUAUUUAGUUUCGGUGACGUUGUUAUUUUAUUAUGUCAUUUUGGUCAGUAUUUUGACAGUUUACUGUCCUGUCAUGUUUGUCAGAUGGCAGAAAUAUAAGGAUAAUAUUUAUGGACCUUGGGAUGAGGCUGUCAUUAAUGAUUCAGAUGAUUUAGAUGAAUAAAGCUUCACGUUAGAGCUACUCGCCAAGUUCAAAAACAAAUUGCACGCUAUAAAGGAGAAGGCGUCUACGUCAGAGGCGGAAGCGGGAGCGGGCGCGGAAGCGGACGAUGACAACCAUAAUAGUGACGACUGGCUGGGUCACACCCUCAAAUUCGAAGAAAAAGGCCCCCUCCUAGCGAAAGACGCCUCCACAAAAGGGGACGAUUGGUUCGACAUAUACGACCCGAGGAACCCAAUUAAUAAGAGAAAGAGAGAGAACACUGAUAAGAAGACUAAGAAAUAGUAGUCGUUUAACAUCAAUUUUCGGGUCUUGGUUACUUAAGCCCAAGAUUUUUUCAAUUUCAAAGUU